AUGAAACAUUACACUCCCAACCUACUAAGCCUUUUGGCAGUUGCACCUAUAUCGCCCGUCUCUGCGUUUUGGCGUAUGACAUGUGGAGUGAUUCAGACCGGUCGCGUCGAUCCCAUAGUCAGUCCCGGCGCCGUUGCCGGACACGCACAUAAAGUCUCUGGGGCCAGCAACUUUUACUUCAACGAGACUUUUGCCUCCCUCGCCGCCUCACAAUGCACUUCGUGCGAGAUCCAAGCGGAUAAGUCCAUUUACUGGACGCCUCAGCUGUACUAUCAGCACGGCAAUGGUACCUUUCAAGAGGUCCCCAACGGGGGCCACGUUGUCUACUACCUUGGCCGGGGAGACCAGAGGAGCAACAUUGAGCCGUUUCCUCCAGGAUUCAAGAUGCUGUCCGGGGAUAGCGGUGCCAGGUCCAAUGACACGACUACCAUGACGUACAACACCAGCUCGGUCAGAGGGCGUCUCCAGUCUGAUCGCGUAAGCUUUGCUUGCCUGGACAGCUCUGGGUCAAUGCCUGAGCAGAAUUACAUGUUUCGCACGGACUGCAAUCAAGGCUUGCGAGCGCAGAUCCAGUUCCAAUCUUGUUGGGAUGGCCGCGACUAUCAAACGGACAACAGCCACGUAGCAUACCUAUCGCAAAUCGACAAUGGCGUCUGCCCUCCAACUCAUCCUCAUAUUUUACCCCACUUGUUCUUUGAGGUUCUGUAUGGGGUGAAUGAUAUCGUCAAGACCCCGGGCGGCAGAUUCGUUUUUGCCAAUGGCGAUACCACGGGAUUUGGCUUUCACGGAGACUUCAUGAACGGCUGGGACGCAACAACUCUCUCGGAUGCUGUCCAGCAAUGUGUUAAUAACGACAACAUCAACGGCCAGAUAUCCUUAUGCCCACCCCUGGCCAAGUCACAGACGCCUUAUGCGAGCACAAACUGCCCAGAGAGGCCGCCGCUGGUUAACGAGGCAGUCCACGGCUUGCUGGACAAGCUGCCAGGCUGCAAUAAUGUGACUAGCGGACCAGCGCGCGCUCCCCAAGGCAUCUGUCCUACGCAGCCGUCGACAAACGCUUUGCCCGCGGACUCGGGCGCCACCAUGUUUGAUCCGGCCGCGGGAGCUCGGCUUUUUGCUGGUUCGCCAUGGGCUUAUGUCGGCUGUGCCGCCGAGGGGAACCAGAGGACCUUGUCUGGCUACUCAUUCUCGGCUUCCAACAUGACCAUUGACUAUUGCACGGCCACCUGCAAAAGCAAGGGUUACCCUCUCGCAGGUGUCGAGUACUCCAAAGAGUGCUACUGCGCCGCCUCACUUACGAGCGGCGCAUCCUAUACGGACAGCGCCACUUGUGCCUCGACGGCCAAGAUGGUAUGCGCGGGUAACGCAACGCAGUGGUGCGGCGCACCUUCAUUACUCACCGUCUGGAACGACACGUCCUUUUCCAUCCCGUCGUCUUCGGGAUCAGGCUCGGGCGGCGGUUCCGCCUUGGGUCCUGCCAACGGAACGGCCGUCUACAAUGGGUGCUACGCCGAAGUAAGCGGGCGGCUUCUGAACAAGGACUCGUACGCCAACAGCACCGUCACGGUGGACCAGUGCAUUUCCUACUGCCAGGCCAACAAUUACGCCUUUGCGGGCCUCGAGUACGCGGGCGAGUGCUACUGCGGAAACACGCCGCCGCCCUCGGCCCAGGCCGCGCCCGAGUCGAGCUGUAAUAUGCCGUGCAAGGGCAACGUAGCGCAAAUGUGCGGCGGCUCCAGCCGCUUGUCAGUCUAUAACAAUACGCUGUACGCGCCGACGUCGAAUCCGGCAACGGUUCAGGUCGGCGGCAGGGCUGCAUACAACUAUGCGGGUUGUUAUGCCGAGGGCGCGUCGGGCCGGGCGCUCGGCGGGAGCGGCAGUACGAGCGCGAACACGGCCAACAACCAGAUGAGCGUGGAGAACUGCGCGUCCUUCUGCUCCGGUGCCGGGUUCCAGUACAUGGGCGUCGAAUACGGACGUGAGUGCUACUGCAACAACGGCGGGCCGAUCAAUGGCGCGGCGGUGGCAGCCAGCGAGGCAGAUUGUUCCAUGACGUGCCAGGGGAACAUCACGGAGUGGUGCGGAGGCCGAUCGAGAAUUAAUAUUUACAAGAGCGUGUCGCUGGCGUAA